AUGGCGUUGCAGCAGCAGACAACACUGCAGCAGCAGAGCUCACUGCAGCAGCAGAGGUCACUGCAGCAGCAGGAUUCAGCACUGCAGCUGCAGCUGCAGCAGACAGCAGCACAGCUGGAUCGUGCGAUCCCAGACCCCACACUGCAGCCAGACCUCCCCGAGUUCUGCAGCGAAGAAGAAAGACAAAGGGCGCUUAGUGCUGCUGUUGCUGCAGCAGCAGAAGCACUGAAGCAGGAGCAGCAGGAGAGAGCUGAAGAUGAGGUGAGGUAUUUUCUUUUGUAUAAAAGAGAAAAAAAAGAAAAAUAA